AUGUCGCUUCUCAUCAAAUUCGAGUCGAAAUCGGCGAGAGUGAAAGGUUUGUGGAGAGAAUUGCGAAAGUUCCGAAAGAAUACCGCCGUUUUUAGGAAUUUCAUUCCAUCCGACACGGCCAUGGGUGCUGACGUCUCUGCACAGCGGAGUCAUUCAACUCUGGGACUAUCGGAUGUGUGUUCUGAUUGACAAGUUCGAUGAGCACGAUGGACCGGUGCGUGGAAUCUGUUUCCAUCACGAUCAGCCGAUUUUUGUGUCCGGAGGAGACGACUACAAGAUCAAAGUGUGGAAUUACAAGCAGAAGCGGUGCAUUUUCACCCUGCUCGGUCAUCUCGACUACAUUCGCACGACGUUCUUUCACAACAAGUAUCCGUGGAUCAUAUCGGCUUCCGAUGAUCAAACCGUUCGCAUUUGGAACUGGCAGAGCCGCAAUUCGAUAGCCAUUCUCACAGGACACAACCAUUACGUGAUGUGCGCCCAAUUCCACCCGACUGAGGACCUCGUGGCUUCCGCCUCUUUGGAUCAAACUGUUCGUAUCUGGGAUAUCUCCGGAUUGCGCAAGAAGCAAAUGCCAGGAGGCGGCAUUCCGACUCGUCCGUCCGGAGCCCAACAAGCCGAGCUCUUUGGUCAACCGGAUGCGGUCGUGAAGCACGUGCUCGAAGGACACGAUCGUGGAGUCAACUGGGUCGCCUUCCACCACACCAACCCUAUCCUAGUCUCCGGUUCCGACGAUCGUCAGGUGAAAAUCUGGCGCUACAACGAGACGAAGGCGUGGGAGUUGGACUCGUGCCGUGGUCACUACAACAACGUCUCCUCGGUCAUUUUCCAUCCGAACGCCGAGCUGAUCCUCUCGAAUUCCGAGGACAAGUCGAUACGGGUGUGGGACAUGCAGAAGCGCACCAGCCUGCACGUCUUCCGCCACGAGAACGAGCGCUUCUGGGUGCUUGCCGCCCAUCCCAGCCUCAACAUGUUCGCCGCUGGACACGACAACGGAAUGGUGGUGUUCAAGAUUCAAAGAGAGCGUCCCGCGUACUGCAUCAACGAUAAUCUGGUGUUCUACGUGAAGGGAAUGCAGAUUCGCAAACUUGAUCUGACUACCAAGUACGUUUUCAUCCAAAGUUCAGUUAUUUACCUAAUUCUCUUUGCAGCAAGGACGUCGCGCUAUGCAAGAUCCGCUACCCACAGCCCUUCAUGCAACCCUACUACUCCCUCUCGUUCAACCCGGCCGAAGGAACCUUCUUGCUUACCAGCCGCACCCACAACAAGGAUAUGUGCUCGUUUGAGCUCUACAAAGUGGCCAACAACUCGGACGGAAGCACCGAGGCUCAGUGUGUGAAGAGCACCGGCAUCAACGCUCUCUGGGUGGCUCGCAACCGAUUCGCCGUGCUCGACAAGGGACAGAACGUCUCGCUGCGCGAUCUGAGCAACAAGGAACUCCGCAAACUCGACAACAUAAACACCGCCGUCGAUGACAUUUUCUACGCGGGAACGGGAAUGAUUCUUCUGCGCAACGACGACGGACUCCAGAUGUUCGACGUGCAACAGAAGGUCGUCACUGCAUCGGUGAAGGUGGCCAAAGUUCGCUACGUCAUCUGGAGCAAGACGAUGGACUUUGCGGCUCUUCUCUCGAAGCACACACUCACCCUUGUCAACCGAAAGUUGGAGAUUCUGUGCACUCAGCAGGAGUCUACUCGUGUGAAGAGUGGUGCUUGGGAUGACGAAUCGGUGUUCCUGUACACGACCAGCAACCACAUCAAGUACGCAAUCACCUCCGGAGACUGCGGAAUCGUCCGUACUCUCGAUCUCCCGCUCUACAUUCUCGCCAUCAGAGGAAACGUACUCUAUUGUCUGAAUCGUGAAGCGACUCCAGUCGAAGUGCCCAUUGACAACUCGGACUACAAAUUCAAGUUGGCCCUGAUCAACAAACGCAUCGAUGAAGUCGUCAACAUGGUCCGCUCGGCCAACCUCGUCGGACAAUCGAUUAUCGGAUAUUUGGAGAAGAAGGGAUACCCAGAGAUCGCCCUGCACUUUGUCAAGGACGAGAAGACUCGUUUCGGGUUGGCAAUCGAAUGCGGAAAUCUCGAUGUUGCUCUGGAAGCUGCAAAGAAGCUCGAUGAGCCGGCUGUUUGGGAGGCUCUUGGAGAGACUGCUCUCCUCCAGGGCAACCAUCAAAUCGUCGAGAUGAGCUACCAACGCACCAAGAACUUUGAGAAGCUUGCCUUCCUGUACUUUGUGACCGGAAACACCGACAAGCUGGUGAAGAUGAUGCGGAUUGCUCAGGCACGCAACGAUGCUCAUGGGCACUAUCAAACGGCCUUGUACGUCGGAGAUGUUGAGGAGAGAGUGAAAGGUACGCUUGAAAGCUCUGAAGAACUUGUUGUAAUUCUGCGUUAUUUCAGUUCUCCGUAACUGCGGACAGACUUCUCUUGCUUACCUUGCCGCCGCCACUCAUGGAUACGAGCAGGAAGCAGAAGAGCUGAAGGCAGAGCUCGAAAGCCGUCAGCAGCCGAUUCCGCCUGUCGAUCCGAAUGCCCGACUUCUCGUUCCGCCUCCACCUGUCGCAAGACUCGAGGAGAACUGGCCACUUCUCGCUUCAGCUCGCGGAGCAUUCGACAUUCAGCUUCUCGGACUCGGAGCGGCACAAGGACCGGCCAAGACCGCUGGAGUCAAACCAGCUGCCACUGCCUUUGCUGCUAUCGAAGAUGAUGUGAGCAAGCAACCAACAAUUCAGUAUUCUUAUUCAUUUUUUGCAGGAUGUGGACGUCGGAAAUGAUGCCUGGGGAGAUGAGGAGUACCUGGUCGGAGAGGACGGAGAACUGGAAGUGGACGAGGGAGAAGGACCGAUUGAUGGAGACGAAGAAGGCGGAUGGGAUGUGGACGACGAUCUCGCUCUUCCCGAUGUUGUCGAUGAGCAAGGAGGAGAGGAUGAGGAAGUGGUUCCGCAUCCGGAAGUGGCUCCUUCCGCGAGAUGGCCCGAUGUCUCAAGACUUGCCGCAGAUCACGUGGCUGCUGGAUCGUUCGAAACUGCUCUCAAACUGCUCCAUGAUACGAUCGGAGUGGUUGAGUAUGCUCCGUUCAAGGAAGUGUUUCUGAAGGCCUACGCGGUCUCCCGUCUUUCUCAUCGUGGAUGGGGAGGUCUCGGACCAGCUGGACCCGCAUUCAUCUAUCCGAUUCGCAACAUUCAAGACGAACGGAAUCAUCUACCGGCGCCUGCAUACAAGCUCUCUCAACUCGGAAAGAAACUUCAGAAGGCGUACAAUCUGACGACGAACGGAAAGUUUGCCGAUGCUGUUGUCAAGUUCCGAGAGAUUCUGCUGGCUGUCCCACUGCUCGUGGUGACUACGAAGCAGCAAGUGGCCGAAGCUGAACAACUGGUGACCAUCACUCGCGAGUAUCUUGCCGCCCUUCUUCUUGAAACUUACCGUAAGGAUCUCCCGAAGACCAACGAAGAGGAUCUGAAGAGAAACGCCGAGUUGGCCGCCUACUUCACCCACUUCGAGCUGCAAUCGGUACAUCGUAUUCUGACUCUCCGAUCGGCAGUCAACACUUACUUCAAACUGAAGCAGAUGAAGACGUGCGCGUCAUUCUGCAGAAGACUUCUCGAGCUCGGUGAGUUGAAGUGAAUUCUUUUGCUCUUUUUCAACUUUUUUCUUUCCAGCCCCGAAGCCAGAGAUUGCCGCUCAAAUUCGCAAGAUUCUGGCAGCUGCCGAAAGAGACAACACGGAUGCUCACAAGCUGUGCUACGAUGAGCACAAUCCGUUCGUCGUGUGCUCUCGCCAGUUCGUGCCCCUCUACCGUGGACGUCCGCUGUGCAAGUGCCCGUUCUGUGGAGCGUCGUACUCGGAAGGACUCGAGGGACAAGUGUGCAAUGUCUGCCAGGUCGCGGAAAUCGGAAGCAACGCAACGGGACUCUCGAUCUUCCCUGCUCCGUCGAAAAAGUGA